AUGUCAGCAAAUCGAACGAUGGAGAACAAUUGUGGGUUCAUGUCAUGCGAGAAGCUGGAUCGGGUGGCCAAUUGGUUGGGGACGAGUGUAGCCUCGGCGUUCUUCACCUCUCUGGAACGCUGCUCCUGCAUAAACCUCAGCACCUCCCACGAUGCCGACGACGAUGAGAACGAGGAAGAGGCCAAGGACCGUCCUCUCAUGCUCACAAAACCCAUCUCCCAUGACGACUCUGUCUCCACCCACAACAACACCCCCGAUAAACUCUCUCAUAGGGUUUUGGGUCUUAUCACUCACCGGCGGAAAUUGGCCGGAACAAUACCGGCACAGUAUUGGGUGAUCUUGAGGAACAUGGGCAUGGCGAGGUCGAAGUGGGUUCGAGGAGGGUUGCACCACCCACCAUUGUCAUUUGGCGUUUCGCAAACCAUGGACGGCAAUGGAACUAAUCCCACUGGUGGUGCAGCCGGAAACUUGAAGAACGCGGUUAUAGCAUUUCGGGUUCCUCUUCCCUCCAUUCUAUUCUACCUCUCCUUCCUCCACAAUUUUCAUGAUCAUCCUAUUAUAACUGGUGAUGGAGACUCUAUCGCUUCUUUGUGGACAUGGUGCUAUAGCCACCCUCUACUGUUAGCCAACCUCCUUUUCUUACUCAACGUUAAUGUGCUCUUCUAG